GGGUUUACAUACAUCACAUAGAAGGGAAAAGAUUCACGUAGCCAGCCAUUAGGACGGAGAAAAGAAGGAAAAUCAAAUUUCCCGAAGUUAUAAAAAAAUCAAAACAAAAAAGAAAAGGCAGUGUCUCUUCUUCCCGCAACGCCGACGCCACCUAACGGGAGAAAUAAAAAGCCCUAAUUUAAUAUAGUAAAAUACGUUAUUGAAUAGCUUCGACGAAGGGAAAUUAAUGACGUAUCGGACGAAAUAAUAUUUAAUAAUUAAUUAAGAAUUAAUUAGGAAAGUAUUUUGGAAUUUGUUGUCGUCGACGAAAAGCGACGAAAUGAUCGUCGAAGGAGGUCGGACGAUCGAGUCUUUAGUUGUGUUUAUCUACUGCUGAUUCUGUACGAAAUGUUUUUCUCCGGUUAAAUCAUCGGUAUAAUGCUAAAGUGAUGAUCAGAGAGCGAAUAUCGACGAUUAGAAUUCGAUUAGCGUCGAGUGAUUGUAGUUAGAAGUGGAAAUUCAUUCGUCGUCGGGCUAUCGAUUGGUGAAGACGAGCAAUGUCUGCCCGAAGCGGAAAGAAGAGGAGCAAAGCGACGUCCAGGUCGGCCAAAGCGGGAGUGCUCUUCCCUGUUGGCAGGAUGCAUCGAUACUUGAGAAAGGGUACUCAUCAUCAGAGGAUCGGAGCCGGAGCACCCGUCUAUAUGGCUGCUGUUAUCGAAUACUUAACUGCCGAAAUUCUUGAGCUAGCAGGCAAUGCUGCAAGAGAUAAUAAGAAAGGAAGAGUUACACCCCGUCAUAUCCUUUUAGCCAUUGCUAACGACGAAGAACUGCAUCAGUUACUUCGAGGAGUCACCAUUGCAUCUGGUGGCGUUUUACCAAAAAUUCAUCCAGAGUUGUUAGCCAAAAAGAAAGGUGGAAAAUUUGUUGUGGUUUCAACACCACAGACUGCCCAGACGUCAUCAUCAUCUUCGUCAAGCUCAGUUUCUAAUAAAAAACUGAAAAUUAUUCAGUCGCCAAAGAAAUCAGGCACAAAGAAAGGUUUUGCUGCUAGUCCAAAAGGAAAAUCCAAAGGAAAAGGAAAAGGAGGGAAAGACAUGCUUAAUGCAAUGAAUAGUCAGUCAGGAGGUAUAGGAAUCACCAUACUUUCUGAGAAGAAGCUGUUUUUAGGCCAAAAAUUGACUGUCAUUCAAGGGGACGCAAUCAGUGUUUCUGCAGAUGCUGUGCUCCAUCCGACUAACGGAUCGUUUUACAUGGGAGGCGAAAUUGGUGCUGCUUUAGAAAAAGCAGGAGGAAAAGAGUUUCAACAAGAAGUAAAAGAUUUAUUGGCAUCAAAUGGUCCUUUAGAUACAGCUGGAGCUGCUAUUUGUCCUGGACAUAAUUUCCCAGCUAAAUAUGUGAUUCACUGCAAUAUACCCUCUUAUGGCAGUACCAAUGCUAACGAAUUAUUUGAAAAAGCUGUCAAAAACAGCUUAUCUCUUGCCGACGAGAAGAAUUUGAAAUCGCUGGCCAUUCCCUCGCUCAGUAGCGGAAAUGCAAGUUUCCCUAAACAGCAGGCAGCACAAGCAGCUUUGAAAGCUAUAUCUAACUAUUUUGUUAAUGUUAUGUCCAGUUCUCUGAAGCAGAUCUACUUUGUCCUCCAUGAUAUGGAGAGUAUUGGGAUCUACACCAGUGAACUUGCAAAGCUGGAUUCAUAACAUGAUUCUCUUAUUCUUAUUUCAGUAAUUUCAACAAAUCAUCAUAUAUUGUCAGAAAUUCUGUCAAACGAUAUUAGUGAGAGAGCUUUAAACUAAGUGUUUCUGAUGGGAAGAGGGUUCUUUCAUAUUUGUCUGUCAUUUGGAAAAAAAAAGAUAAAAAAAAUGGAAAUCAUCACAUCCGAUUUUGUAUGACCGUGACAAACUAUAUUGGCCCAAUCACUGAUAAUUUUAGCAUUCAUAUGAUACGAUCCAUUAUCAAAAUACAAAAAACUUUUGUGUGAAUGACCAUGGAAAUGUUUACGUAACUGGAAUCAUCACUGCCACUUCGUUUUAUAGAAUUUUGUUUUUCUUUCAGUUAUAUUUUGUUCAUUUUCUAUCUUUAUUUUUGACAGAAUCAAUGUGGAAUUGUGCAGUGCACAGUUUUAAAUUCCAAAAAGAAAAAAAUUAUUACCAAUGUAUUGUUUUUAGAUAUUUCUUUUUUUCUUGUUUAUGUUGAGAAGAUUGAAAGUUAUGUCUGUCGGGGAAAUGUAUCCAAGGGAAACAGAUAGAUUUGAGUGUAAUUAUUUAAGAUAAAAGAUUUUGUUGAUUAUUAUUUACAUGGUUUGCUAAAAAUGAAUGUUUUUAUUAUAAAUUUAUAUAUAUAUAUACUAUAUAUAUAUAAAAUUAUAUAUAUGUAUGUUAUGAAUGUGGACAACCAAAGAUUUAUGUUGAUAAUUAAGGAAAUAAUUUCCUAAAUUUUUUUGGAUUUAAUUUUGUUAAUGAUAUUGGGAUAGUGAUUUUUCUAUGGAUUAUUUUAUUUGGUGGUCCCCAAUACAGUGUGUUUUAAAUGUUCACAAAAAAGUCAGUUCUUUAACUUUAGAGGGGCGUUUCUCAAAACAGAAGCCAAUUUGUUGGAUGAAUUUGUCUUCAAUCUCCUUACAAGUUUUCCAAUUUUAAAAAUGCAUUUAAAAGUUAGAAAUAUUAGUUUUGUAAGUGUUGCUACUUAAAUUAUUGACUCAUGAAGGCAACAUAUCAAAAAUUAUAUGCUCACAUAAGAAGCCAAUGAACUAAUUCUUGCAAAAAAUACUUUGGUACAAUAUUUAGAAGAAAUAUUAUUCUUAAAUAUACUUUUACUUUUUAGAAAUUACCUUUAAAAUAUUUUUAAAUAAAAAUUUGUAAAUAUCUAGCACUUUUAUUGACAUAAUUUUCCACUUAUCAGAAGUAUAAACAUUCUUGAACUAGCUAGAAAUAGUUAGCAAUGCAAAUGAUGAUGCGAAUUGGCUUCUGUUUGCUGUAAAUUUUAUUCAAAUUUGCAAGAGAGAAAUUUUCUUUCUUGCCAUUAAAAAUUAUAAUUUUAGCAUUUUUCUUGGUUCAAAUCCAUCUGUGAAAAAUGUAACCGGAAUUCUGUGUGUCAUUUUGCAGACAAAAUAAAUACUACAAAAACUGCAAAGGCCGCGGUUUUGCACUCUUCACAAAAGAAACAUUGGGACCACCAAAUUUUACUAAAAAGAACCAUCAUUAUUAUGUUUAAUCAAUUGUACUAGCAAAAGGAUCCUAAAAUAAUUUGUAUAUCAUAAAAGAUAUCUCUGUGCUGUCGAGUCAUAUUUUCACACAAAAUGAUCUUAGAACGAAUGCAGUUUGAUACAUCACUUUGUGGUCGGGUUUUUGCAAUUAGAUUAAUACAUUCGAAUGAAUAUUUAGAACAGUGGUACAGUGCAUGUGAUUGUCAUUAAGGUAC